AUUGUGCCAAUUUAUGUUUCAAUUCGUAAUGAAUGGAUGUUAAAUCCUCUGAUUUUGGCUACUUCUAUGGAACAACAUGGAAUUCGAAUUCCAGUUCAAUGUUUACAUUUAGCUGGAGGAGAACCAAUGAAAGGACCAGAUUUAAAAGAAGAUGGACGUUUAAUUCGUUUUUACGCAACUAUUGAAGAUAAAUUAAUUGUUCCACUACUUGGCCGAAUAUUACACGUUUCUCACGACGAAGAUACAAAUUUAUUUCCGGAAGAUCAACAACUAAAAACGGCAAAUAAUGCCCAAUUACUUCAAUUUGGUUUACGACCCGAAACAAUUUAUUUUAAUCCAAAUGGACUUCAACAAAUUUUUGAGAAGGAAGAAAUUGGCACUUUUAUGGCUAAAAGGCCUAGCAAUGCUAUAACUGGUGCUGAAUAA